GUUAGUAGUUAGAGAGCUGCGAUAGUUGGAGGACUCGGGAAGUCAGUGCCCAGACCUCCAAACAAAAAACUUUAACGACUUCUCCUCCUCAGGAUUCAUGUACAAUAGACGCGCCUUGUAGACAGUGAGAGUAAAGCAGACGCAAAACUUUUAGGAAAGCUAGCAGCAAGUUUCUUGUCAUUCCUUUUUUUGUUGGCUAGAAGCACAUAUAACGUUUUAAAUGCAACGCUGUCUGAUUUAUGAGAAAACUAUGGCAGCCGAGACGAGGAACGGCGGGAGUUCGCUGAACAACAAUAACUGCAAAGACCACAGCAGGAGAAAGUUGCUGGUCGGAGUGGAUCUUUUCUGCUUGUUUUUGGCCGGCCUUCCUUUCUUGGUCAUUGAGACCAGCGCUGUUCAGCCUUACCGUAGAGGGUUUUACUGCGACGAUGAGUCCAUCAAGUAUCCGGCCAAAAACGGAGACACCAUUAGCGACGGUGUGCUUAGCGCUGCAGGCAUUCUAAUCACCAUCCUCUCUAUCAUAAUUGGGGAGAGCUACAGGAUCUACUUUCUGAACGAGGGAUCCAAGUCUUUUGUGGGGAACCCCUACAUCUCCGCUCUCUACAAGCAGGUUGGAGUGUUCAUCUUCGGCUGUGCCAUCAGUCAGUCCUUCACUGACAUCGCCAAAGUGUCGGUGGGCCGAAUGCGCCCUCACUUCCUCGACGUGUGCAAACCCGACUUCUCCACCAUCAACUGCUCUCUGGGCUACAUUACUGACUACCAGUGUCAGGGGCCAGAGAGCAAAGUUCAAGAGGCCAGGAAGUCUUUCUUCUCUGGACAUGCGUCAUUCUCCAUGUACACCAUGCUGUACCUGGUGUUUUACCUGCAGUCUCGUUUCACCUGGCACGGAGCCCGCCUCCUGCGACCUUUGACCCAGUUCACCCUCAUUAUGAUGUCUUUCUACACCGGCCUGUCCCGCGUCUCCGAUCAUAAGCACCACCCCACCGAUGUCCUGGCUGGUUUUGUACAGGGAGCCCUGGUGGCCUACUGCAUAGUUUUCUUUGUGUCAGACUUGUUCAAGCCCAAAGGAAGACGUUCUGCUCUGUCUCCAACCCCAGUGAAGAAAGAUCUCGUUCCUGCAGCAGACAUCAGAGAGCGGAGCAACCAUCUUAUUAUGGCAUAGAGAAAGCUGCAAACUGACUGUAUAUAACCCUGACCUGUGCCUUUUUUAAAUCACUACUACAGCCACUAGUCAAUACUGGAUGAAAUAAACUCCCAACGACCUGGAAAAUGCGACAAACAUGGAAUCUUGAACAUCUCCGAGGAUGAGAAGACGGAAAAACGGUCAAGAAAGUCGUGCUUUCUCAGUGGAAAACUUCAUCUUUUUCCUCGGUCUCACCAGAUAUUUUAAUGUGGAAAAGAGAGACAACCUUCUUUUUUUAAUGCAAGGGAUAUUUGUCCCGCUACUUCUGGUAUGAAGAUUAUUAUCCUCCACCGUCAAGGCCUUUCCAUGGACAAACAUCAGAAAUCAAACAAAACUUAGAAAUGGCAGCUGUAAACAAAGCUGUGUGUGGCUUUUGUGCUUUCACACUCUGUUCCUGCCGAUCGCUCACAGUUUGACUAACAAAUCAUGACAAAACAAAUUCCUUAAUUUCAGGAAGGAUGUUGUUUUAGUUUGGUUUUCUUACAAACAUUGUAUGUGUGAUUUUUAUUUUUGUAGCACUAUUUUAGCUAAACUCAGUACUGUUUGUCGCCACUUGAAUGACCCGAAGUGAAGCUUUCGGAAAGCUUUGUAAGCUUUUUUUAAGCUUUUA